AUGGCAAUGGAAACAGCGAUUACAGUGAUGGAAGAUGAAGAACUCCAACUCAACAACAAUAAUGAAAAUCUAAAAAAUGUGGAUCGCAGACUCAUUCUUAAUAAGGUUUUGACUACCCAUCAUCAAGAUAAUUUCAAUCUCCUUUCUCAAAUCAAACACCGUCUUCAUAGGGCGGGAGUGGAAAUAGAUAAGGUUCAAGUGAGAUUUGAGAAUUUGAAAAUAGGAGCGGAUGUUCAAAAUGUAGUAACAACAUUAGGAAUUAUGAAAUCAAAAAGAUAUCCAUUGACCAUUUUGAAGAACGUCAGUGGGAUGAUCAAGCCUGGAAGGAUGAGUUUGCUGUUAGGUCCUCCAGGUUCCGGAAAAUCAACUUUGCUUCGAGCUCUUGCCGGAAAACUUGACGGAAACUUGAAGAAAAGUGGUAACAUUAGUUACAAUGGACAUAAUAUUGAUGAGUUUUGCGUCCAAAGAACAUGUGGCUACAUAAGUCAAUCCGAUAAUCUCUUAGCUGAUUUAACGGUUGGAGAAACUCUUGAUUUUGCUGCUAGAUGUCAAGCUUCAACUGAACCCUUUGCAGAAUACAUAAAACAGUUGGAUUACUUAGAAAAAGAAAUGAACAUACAACCUAAUCCGGAUAUUGAUGCAUUCAUGAAAGCAGCAUCAAUUGGUGGAAAAGAGGAGAGUAUUUUAAGUGAUUAUGUAUUGAAAAUUCUUGGUCUUGAUGUAUGCUCAGAAGUAAUAGUCGGUGAUCAUAUGGUUCGUGGAAUCUCUGGCGGUCAAAGAAAACGAGUUACCACAGGAGAAAUGGUUGUUGGUCCGAGAAAAAUUCUUUUGAUGGAUGAGAUAUCAACCGGACUUGAUAGCUCAACAACAUAUCAAAUAGUAAAAUGUAUAGGGAAUUUUGUUCGUGAAAUGGAAGCAACUGUAUUAAUGGCUCUUCUACAACCUCCUCCUGAGACAUUCGAACUAUUUGAUGAUAUUCUAUUGUUAUCUGAUGGUUAUUUGGUGUACCAAGGCCCUCGAGAAGGAGUCUUAGAUUUUUUCAACACUUUGGGUUUUCAAUUACCGCCUCGUAAGGGAAUUGCUGAUUUUUUACAAGAGGUGACAUCAAAAAAGGAUCAAGAGCAAUAUUGGGCGGAUCCAUCUCGACCGUACACUUUUGUAUGUGCUUCAGAAUUUGCUGAAGCAUUCAAAAAUUCAAAAUUAGGAAAACAUUUGAAGUUAGAGCUUAAUUGUUCAUAUGACAAAUCUCAAACACAUCCUUUAGCUUUGGCAAAAACCAAAUUUGCAGCCUCAAAAUGGGAGCUUUUUAGAGCUUGCUUUGCUAGAGAAAGACUUUUGAUUAGCCGUCAUAAAUUUCUUUACGUUUUUAGGACAUGUCAGGUGGCAUUUGUUGGAUUUGUGACAUGUACAAUGUUUUUAGGCACGAGAACACACCCAAAAGAUGAAAAUAAUGGCAACCUUUACUUAUCUUGUCUCUUCUACGGGUUAGUCCAUAUAAUAUUUAACGGCUUCUCUGAGCUACCUCUAAUGAUAUCUCGGUUGCCUGUAUUUUACAAAGAAAGAGACAAUUUGUUUUAUCCGGCAUGGGCAUGGUCCAUAAGCAGUUGGAUUUUACGUAUCCCUUAUUCUAUACUUGAAGCUGUGGUUUGGUCUUGUGUUGUGUAUUAUACGGUUGGUUUUGCUCCAAGCAUCCGAAGGUUCUUUCAAUUCAUAUUACUGCUCUUUUCGGCUCAUCAAAUGGCAUUAGGGCUAUUUUGUAUGAUGGCAUCCAUAACAAGGGAUAUGGUGGUUGCCAAUACAUUUGGUUCAGCUGCCUUAUUAAUCAUAUUUUUGCUUGGUGGAUUUAUCCUACCAAAAGCGAUGAUUAAGCCAUGGUUGUCAUGGGCUUAUUGGGUGUCUCCAUUAACUUAUGGCCAACGUGCGAUUUCUGUCAAUGAAUUUACUGCUACAAGAAAUCAACAUUAUUGUUUGGAAAUAAUGAAACUGUUGGAUACAACAUUCUUCACUCACUUAGUAUCCCUAGUAGCAACUAUUCCUAUUGGUUGGGUGUUGGUGUCUUAUUCCUUUAUGCAAUUCUUUUCAAUGUUGCCCACACUUUCGCUUUGGCUUAUCUUCGUCGUAUGUAUAUCUUUAUUUUUCAAAAUUAUUCUUCAUACAAAUUCUUUAAAAUUUUGUACCAAAUGUUUUCCUAAUUUUGUUGUCCUUCCAUUAUUUGCAGCUUUAAGAAAAGUCCAAACUAUAAUCCCUCUUGAAGAUGCCAACUUUGCUGAAGCUAAUGGUUCAGAAGAAGACAGUAAAACACCAUCGGUUGCAGCAAGGAAGAAAGAAAAAGGAAUGAUUCUUCCUUUCAAACCAUUAACAAUGACUUUUCACAAUGUUAGUUAUUUUGUUGAUACCCCAAAGGAAAUGAAAGAAAAAGCUGGAUCAUCAAUAGGAGAAAAGAAGUUGCAGUUGUUAUCAAAUGUGAGUGGUGUGUUUUGUCCUGGCGUUCUAACAGCAUUAGUUGGUGCAAGUGGAGCAGGAAAAACAACAUUAAUGGAUGUUCUAGCUGGAAGAAAAACCGGUGGUUAUAUUGAAGGUGAUAUUAGAAUUUCAGGUUAUCCCAAAGACCAAAAUAGCUUUGCUAGAAUAUCAGGAUAUGUUGAGCAAAAUGAUAUUCAUUCUCCUCAACUCACUGUGGAUGAAAGCCUCCAAUUUUCCUCCUCUCUUCGUCUUCCUAACAAAAUUACUAAACAAAAACGACAGGAGUUUGUUGAAGAAGUAAUGAGUUUGGUUGAGCUAGACACACUUAGACAUGCUUUGGUUGGCAUUCCUGGUAGCACGGGUUUAUCAACGGAACAGAGGAAACGUUUAACCAUUGCAGUUGAACUUGUUGCAAAUCCUUCCAUUAUCUUCAUGGAUGAACCUACAUCUGGACUCGAUGCACGCGCCGCUGCCAUCGUAAUGCGAGCUGUUCGGAAUACAGUUGAUACUGGAAGAACAGUUGUUUGUACUAUACAUCAACCUAGUAUCGACAUAUUUGAGGCAUUUGAUGAGCUAAUUCUUAUGAAACGGGGAGGAAAAGUUAUAUAUGGGGGAAAGCUAGGAACACAUUCGCAGUCAAUGAUCGACUAUUUUGAGGGAAUUAGUGGAGUUACUCAAAUACCAAAAUCAUACAAUCCAGCUACUUGGAUGUUAGAGGUUACAACACCAGCUUUUGAGCAAAGAAUUGGGAAAGAUUUUGCUGACAUUUACAAAAACUCAGAGCAAUAUAAGGAUGUUGAAGCUUCCAUAGAACAUUAUAGUGUUCCAGCUGAGGGUGAAGAGCCAUUAAAAUUUGAAUCAACUUACUCUCAAGAUAAAUUAUCUCAAUUCAUGAGUUGCCUUUGGAAACAAAGAACUAUGUAUUGGAGAAGUCCUCAUCAUUACAAUGCAAUGAGACUAGUUUUCACAUUGAUCGGUGCAUUAAUAUUUGGAUCAGUAUUUUGGAAUAUUGGUAUGCAAAGGAAUUCAACUCAAGAAGUGUUUGUUGUAAUAGGAGCUCUUUAUACGGCAUGUUUAUUCUUAGGAGUAAAUAAUGCCUCUUCAGUACAACCAAUUGUUUCCAUUGAAAGAACAGUAUUCUAUCGAGAGAGAGCAGCUGGAAUGUAUUCUCCAAUUGUUUAUGCACUAGCACAAGGUCUAAUGGAGAUUCCAUACAUUGGUGCACAAACCAUAAUCUUUGGAGUUACCACAUAUUUAAUGGUUAAUUUUGAAAGAAGUUUAGGGAAGUUUCUACUUUACAUCCUUUUCAUGUUCUUGACAUUCACAUACUUCACUUUUUAUGGUAUGAUGGCUGUUGGACUCACUCCUACACAACAUAUGGCAGCCAUUGUUUCUUCUGCAUUUUACUCUUUAUGGAAUCUCUUCAAUGGCUUUCUCGUCCCUAAAACGAGUAUUCCAAGAUGGUGGAUUUGGUUUUACUAUGCUUGCCCUGUUUCAUGGACACUAAGGGGAAUUAUAAGUUCACAGCUUGGUGAUGUAGAGACAAUGAUUGAAGGACCUGGUUUUGAAGGAACUGUGAAGCAAUAUUUGGAAGUAAGCUUAGGAUAUGGUGAUGGAAUGAUUGGAGUUUCAGUGGCUGUGCUUUUUGCUUUCAUCUUCCUUUUCUUCUCAGUCUUUGCAACCUCACUUAAACUCAUCAACUUUCAGAAGAGAUAGAUAACAACCUAUUCCUUUUCUUCUCAAUCAUUUUAGAACAAAUGAUUGGAUUCUUUUAGUUUUAUAUGUAUUGAUUUAAUCAGAGUUGCAAAGGAGAAUAUUAUUCUUGUAUUAUUAAUUUAUUGCUCUUUGAAAGGUUAUACAUUCUUAAAAUAAAAAUUAGUGUUAUUGUUAU